AUGUGCGAUUCGUUUGACGGGUCUCGACAUUCUGGCGGGAGCUUCACUGCGCUGUCUCCGAGUAUUGUAUCCACAGCCUUGCAAACUGCAGUUCUAGGCCCCACUGUCAUAGCAUACUUGUUUGUCCAUCUUGUCUUCAACAUCACUCUGUUUGAUGCGAUUCCUUUUGCGGUGCUGAUAUUCGUCUACGGCCACAUCGCUAAGAUCUCUUGGUUUCAGAGCAACCGAGUUGAGCCUGGCGAAAACCUGAAUCCUGAGAUAGCUGACAUGAGAAGAAGGAGGAGGAAAGAGAUGAAAUGGAUGAAGACAGUAGUAAUGGUGAUUGGAGCGUUUGUGCUCUGCUAUGUCCCAGCGGUGGUCUAUGUCCUGCUCACCGUCAAACUCGGUCCCAGUGGAGUACCCGAUGCAAUCCGCUCUGCUGUUAUUGUGAUGUUGGGAGUAAACAGCGCUCUAAACCCGAUCAUUUACAUGCUCAGGUUGAACGAAUUCAAGCGCGCCUUCAGAAACCUUUUCAGAGGUGCUUCGGUUGAGUCCAGCCGCACCGCCACCACGCUUAUUGGCGAGACCAGCCUGGAUGCAGCCACGUGCGGAGUGCGACAUGAUCUGCGUCGUUUAUCGGUGUCCCAGUUGUGA